AUGCCUGGUCUGACGACUUUCCCACCGUUUCCGGAAGGUAUCCCAACGCACCCGUUACUCGUCAUUGACUAUCAGCUGGUGAAAGCUGGCAACGAAGAAGAGAUUGAGAAACUGUGGAAGGCGGCCACCGCACUCGGGUUUUGGUAUCUCAAAAACCAUGGCGUUGACGACGAGGUCGACGCAAUGUUCGACAUGGGCCGCGAGACUCUUGCUUUACCGCUCGAGGAGAAAAUGAAGUACGAGCAAGGCGACCAGGGCUUCUCGUUUGGUUACAAAGCUGCCGGGGUCCAGUUCAUGGAUGACAAUGGCACGCGCGACGUGACUGAGUUCCUCAACAUCUCGAAGGACGACGCUCUCGCGUGGCCCACUCCCUUCCACCGAACGUACCCUUCUACUGUCGAUGCACGCAUGGAAUCUACCAUCAAGCCGUUCGUGCAGAAGUCCUUGACAAUCAAUCAUUUCUUGAUCGACAUCCUGAACGACAAGCUUGGUCUUCCUAAGGGUACUUUGGCGGCCUUUCACAAGGCGGAGGAAGCCAGUGGAUGUACAGCACGGUGCAUCAGGACGCCUCCUCACCUCGAACAGUCGGAGAAGAAUUUCCUCAAUCCGCACACCGACUUUGGGUCGUUGUCGUUCCUGCACAACCGUUUGGGGGGCCUCCAAGUCCUUCCUCCCGGUAGCGAUAAGUGGCUCUACGUGAAGCCGAUUCCCGGCCAUGCAAUCUGUAACAUCGGCGACUCUCUCAACAUCUUCAGCGGUGGAAUACUGCGGUCGAACAUUCACCGUGUCGUUCCGCCGCCCAAGGAACAGGCACAAUACGAGCGCUGGUCCCUUGUAUACUUCACGCGUCCGCAUGAUGACGUCGUUCUCCGCUCUCUCUCUGACCAGAGUGCCGACAUUGCCGAGGCGGCCUCCAAGGCGCCACUCGAGAAGUACAAUCCUGGGGUGACGGCGAAUGAAUGGCUCACGCGCAGGGUGAAGUCGCAGCGAGUCACGAACUAUAAGGGUCCCGAGAGUUGGAAGGACCGCAGGGGAACAGAGGACAUUACUGUCGUCCCUCACAUCAAGAUCUAG